GAUGUCGAAGCAUUAGUGACGAUUAUCGCUCUCGCGGCCUCGCCUCUGCCCCCCAAACAAAAAUGGCUUCAAUUCUCCAAUUCCAAAUCCAAUCCGACAUGCGCUCCGCUUGGCAUCACUUGGCUUCCUCCUCCAUCCGUUCCUUCAAUCCCUCCUCCCUUCUCCUCCCACGCGUCGCCCCUCCCCGUCGCGCCUUCCGCUCCUAUUCCCCCUCCUUUCUUCCAUCCACAUCUUUCUCCCCCGAUUCCAAGGAACCGCUUGUUAAGCUUCCAGAGAAGCCUUCCAUUUGUACGGCGGAUGAGCUCCACUAUGUCUCCUUGCCCAAUUCUAAUUGGCGCCUCGCUCUUUGGCGUUACAAUCCUCCUCCUCAGGCGCCUACGAGAAAUCAUCCGCUCUUGUUGUUGUCUGGAGUGGGAACUAAUGCUAUUGGAUAUGAUCUCUCACCAGGGUCUUCAUUUGCAAGAUACAUGUCUGGCCAAGGAUUUGACACUUGGAUUCUCGAAGUUCGUGGUGCUGGAUUGAGUGUGGAGGGUUCAAAUUUCGAAGAAAUUCAGCAGUCUGCUAAUGCAGUGUCUGAGGAGAUGGAAACUGUGGCCAAGAGUGCCAUCAAUGGAACUCCUUCAGGAGAAAAGCAGCUGGCUAAUGUUUCUGCUGGCUUGUCAGAUUCCAAUCCUUCUUCUCUUAAAGAAGACUUGACAGGGAUGGCAACAGUGUGGGAUGAAUCACAACUGGUAACAAAGUUAACAGAAACUUUUAUGCGUUUGUCUGAGAGACUCUCAGGUUUUCUUAGUGAAGGUCAACUGAAGAUGAUGUCUGCUAAGUUAUUUGAUCAGAUAUCAAAACUUUUGGAAGAUUCUCAAGUAUCUGAACGGUUUAAUGAGGUAAGGGCAAAGCUUUCCAGUUUGCUGGAGACACAACAAAACUCAUCUAUUGCUGGCCAAAUCGGGGACCUCAGCCAAAGGCUUGUAAAUAUUAUUGAAGAAGGCCAGCGAUCUGUCUCACCACAGUUCUUUGAUAUGCAAGAGCGCCUUUUUUCAACAAUAGAAGAUUUCCAGAAACAACUUGACUUGAUUGUGAAGUAUGAUUGGGAUUUUGAUCACUAUCUGGAAGAAGAUGUUCCUACAGCGAUGGAAUACAUAAGGGGACAAACCAGGCCAAAGGAUGGUAAAUUGCUUGCAAUUGGUCACUCCAUGGGAGGCAUCCUGCUUUAUGCGAUGCUUUCACGUUGUGGUUAUGAAGGGAAGCAGCCUAGACUAGCUGCUGUUGUUACUUUGGCAUCAUCACUUGAUUAUACAUCUUCAAAAUCGACACUCAAAUUGCUCUUACCUCUUGCGGAUCCUGCCCAGGCUCUCAAUGUCCCUGUUGUUCCUUUAGGAGCAUUAUUAUCAGCUACUUAUCCUCUAUCAACUCAUCCUCCUUAUGCCUUGGCUUGGCUUAAUAAUCUAAUAUCAUCAGAUGAUAUGAUGCAUCCAGAGUUGUUAAAAAAGCUUGUCUUGAACAAUUUCUGUACCAUACCUGCCAAACUCAUCCUGCAGCUGACAACUGCUUUUCGAGAGGGUGGACUGUGUGAUAGGAAUGGUAAAUUUUUCUACAAGGAUCAUAUUCAUAAGAGCAAUGUCCCUGUGUUGGCACUUGCUGGGGAUCGAGAUCUGAUUUGCCCACCUGAAGCUGUAGAAGAAACUGUGAAGCUCUUUCCUGAAAAUUUGGUUACCUAUAAAGUUUGUGGAGAACCUCAAGGUCCGCAUUAUGCACAUUAUGACUUGGUGGGAGGACGCUUGGCUGUGGAGCAAGUUUAUCCCUGUAUUAUCGAAUUUCUUAUUCAUCAUGACUCAUGAGACGUCAUCACACAGUUUGUCACCACAGCAUUUUAGUUCCAAAGGAGUACAGAAUAUCUCAUGCAGUGUUGUGAUUGCCUAUAUCAAAUUGAAUCUUGGCAGCAUGAAAUCUGCAGAGUGAUUGGCAGCAUUCAUGGAGUGCAUCGAUGCCUUGAUCAUUUAUGUUGAAAGAUGCAGUGCAGAUGAAACUUUCCAUGAGGGAAAAACUGUAUAAAAAAUCAAUUGCCAAAAUCUGUAUCCAAAAAUGGUGAAGCCUGCAUGAGCAGCUUUAUUGUGUUGUAUAUUGAAUAUUAUAGUGAAGACUGAAGAGUGAAGUGCCGGUAACAGUUAAUCCAAUCAUGCAUUUUGAUUGCAUUUUGAAUUUGAUUAAAGAUCAAAAUAUGGU